AAAAUACUGUUUUAAACACAGAUAGUUUAGUUGCAUUGUUAUCCGGUUAUUGGGACAGUACUGAAAGUAAAAAUGGCGGCGUCGGCGAAGAAACCCUCAAUCCUUGAAGAGCUUAAAAAUGGCGUCUUUCACUUUGAAAUCGUAUCAUCUCUUACUUCAAUUGCCACAUGUCAUCAGAGGUGGAGCAGCUCUCUUUUACCCUCCAACCGAUUCUUUGCUCGAAUUGGAACACAACAACAACUGGAAGUAACUUCACCAGCAUUGAGAAAAGUUGAGAGCUUCAAGGUCCACAGGGUUACCGGUGAUGGCCGUUGUAUGUUUCGUGCUCUGGUGAAAGGAAUGGCGAUGAACAAGAGUCUUAUUCUUAGUCCUGGACAAGAAAGGGAUAAUGCAGACGAACUGCGGAUGGCAAUAAAAGAGGUGUUAUGUGACAAUGACAAAGAAAGACAUCAUUAUGAAGAAGCUUUAAUAGCAAUUACUGUUGACGAGCCCUUAAAACGUUAUUGUCAACGCAUUGCACGGCCAGAUUUUUGGGGAGGAGAGUCGGAACUACUGGUAUUGUCGAAGUUAUGUCGCCAACCAAUUGUGGUCUAUAUACCUGAGCAUGAGCAUUCAGGAGUUGGCAACGGAUAUGGAUUUAUACCAAUUGCUGAGUAUGGAGCCGACUUUGGCAAGGAUUCAAGAAAAGAAAAGGCCAAGAAAGCUGUGAGGCUUUUGUACAGUGGAAGAAAUCAUUAUGAUCUCCUUGUAUAGUUUUACUGCAUCUAAUUGCAGUUUUAGUAGUUUCUAACUUUUGCCAAGUGUUGAAAUUGAAUAGCAAUUUACUUGGUUAAUGUUUAGCAAGUAAAAUUAGUAUUUUUGACAUUGGCAGUAAAGUUUCAAAAUUUUUUUUU